CCAUUCCUGUCUGUUACACAUCCCCCCGCACUAUGCGGUUGGUGGUUUAGUAGUAAGCGGAGGAUUUCUAUACAGCCGUUGGCUGUCCGGGCAUGCUGGGAGUUGUAGUUUUGCAGCUGCAAAGGUCAACAGUUUGGAGACCACUGGAGUAUAGGGCGCCGAAAGUCAGGGACCGUACAUGCUGUUUGUACAAGCGGACAGGUGGCGGAGGGAGUUUCGUCAGACAAGGCGUAUUUUAGCCUAAUUUUCCGCUUGUAAAUUUUAUCAGACACCUCACUCGUCUCCGCCAUGUCCGGUUCCGUGUCCUUCAAGGAGCUCCUGAACCUAGCCAUAGGUUCUCCAGAACUUGGUGCCGUCAACUUCAACGCCCUCUACUCCCUCCUGUAUGGACUCCUGGAGCAGCUGCAGGUGGGGGACCUACAGAGGACAUUGUCCCAGGAGGAGAGAGAAUUCAUACAGCCGGGGCAGAUCAAUGUGGACGACUCAGGGAAACCGUCCACGCUGUUCCACCGGCUGCAGGACAAGGUGACUCAGAUGGAGGCCAAGCUCCAACACCUGGACGCACUGCCCAGCUCUACCGGCCUCCUACAAGCCAGCCAAUCCCAGAAGAAACCCGUGGAGGAGAUGUGGCAGCUCAUGCAGCUCAAGAAGAAGACGGAGUUGAACGAAGAUGGUGUCAAUAAGGCUAUGGGCGCCUUCCAGGAACUCCUCAGCACAUUCAACACCCUGAGACAGGCCAAUGACUUAAUCCAAGAGAGAGUGGCAGCUCUCGGUAACCAAUUGAAAAAUAUAAAUAUCCAAGAAGUUGAGAGAAGACUACAAGACCUGGACGGGAUAACACAACAUAUCCCCCUGCUAAAAGACAAAAUGGAGAAUAUGCAGAAAAGGCUUUCUUCUUAUCCUGAGCAGUCUCAGCUGGCGACCUGGCCAUCGCUACACGACACUCUGACCGACAAGAGCGCAGACUGGGCCCUCAGCAACGACACCAAGCAGCGUAAUGUGAAGAAGAUCCUGAGUAGUCUGGGGGCGCUGCCUGUAAAACAUGAUGGCCUGGAACGUCGUGUUCAUGAUAUUGAACAGGAACUGAAGAGGCUGGACCUCGAGAUGGGUAACAUGGCUAUUCCUGAAGAUUUGCUCCAACAGUUACGGGACCUGAGGAAGGAUGUGGAGAAUCUGUUCUCUGAGAAUAGAAAGGACAAGGUUGACUUGAACGCCCUGAAGAGUGGACUACAUGAUCUGAACUUGGCUCUACAGCGACUCGACACCAAAACCGAUAAACUGGCGGCAGAUCUGGCUGAGAGCGCGACAUUUCAGAGUCAGAUCGAUGAGCUGGAGAAGAAGAAGCUGAAUCAGGAGGAUUUCAUGUUAGAACUGAAUUUGAAAGCUGACAAGCGGGUGCUGGAGACCAAGGUGGGGCACGCUCAGCUGGAGGCGGCCAUAGCGGAGGUCAAUGCCAUCCUAGAGGAUCUGAUGAAGAAGUCGGCAGCACAAGACUCUGAGUGGCAAAACAUGUUGGCCAAGCUGUUGGCAGGACUGGAGGCCAAGUUGAGUCGCUCAGACUUGGACUCCAUUCACAAAGACCUGGAAGAACUCUGGAGGUUCCUUAAGAAGCAUCUUAACUCCGUGCAAACCUUCGAUCCAGAUGGGGCAGCGGGCUCCAGGAAGAAACUGUUUGAGAGAGUCAAGUGCAUUUCAUGUGACCGUCCUGUAACCAUGGCGAACGGACCACAUCUUGUUACCGUCCGUUCUUUAAUGCCCCGGAAUAACACAAGCAGUGGAGAAUACAGCAAGAAUUUGGGAGAUCCCGCGCACAUAUCAGACUCCGAGUACCAGUACAACGAGGCCCCGAGACCCCACACGUCCUGCUCAUUCCACCGAAAGGCAGCGCGCAACCCGAACCUCACAACGGUCUUCCCGUAUGGAGACCCCGGGCAGGUCCAGUACAAGAACUCGGAGUUUGACCUUAUGGGGGUCGAUGGUGUCAUGUACAAGGGACGGAUGGACAAGAGUCACACGGCUUAUAUUUCUGAGAGGGACACCCAAGCAGUGAAGACCCCACAGCCCCCAUACAGGAUCACCAUGGAAAGAGCGCGUUCUGCUACCCCCCACUACAGGAGCUCCAGCACCCCCACCUCGAGACCUCCUAGUCACUCCGCACAAUCGUCCCGCACCGCACAACAAGCACUAUCUGCCACGGACUUGCUGCAGCCCACGUUUCACGUUCCCUCUACCACGGAGACUACGAACUUUAUGCACCAGUCAAUCAAUGGUGAGGAGCAGGUGGUGUGACCUAUGAUGAGGCCUUCGGUCAGUGACCACAAUCACCACCGCCCCCUGCUGCUGGACCUCCAUCACCCUGGCACUUUAUAACAGGAGCUUUUAUUUUCUCUUAUUUACUAUGUAUAGAAAAGAAAUGAAAUAUGUCACCUGUAAUAUAAUAAAUGUACAAUUCUAUUGAGCAGAUAAACAUCUUAU